AUGACGGGUGCCACGGCAAAGUCAGCAUUUACGACUGAGCCAACCCCCAUUGAUCCACAUACCUACCAGCCGGGCUUCGGUAACAGAUUCGCCUCUGAAGCCGUGCCCAAUGUUCUACCCCGGGGCAUUAAUGCGCCGCAAAAAGUCCGGUACGACCUGUAUUCUGAGCAACUCAAUGGCUCGUCCUUUAUCGCGCCACGGCAGCAGAUUCAACAUGUGUGGAUGUACCGGAUACGACCGUCGGUGGCACAUGGCGCGGUGGCUGCUUCAGACGUGAAUUCCCAUCUUGAGGCCUGCUUCUCAGCAGCUAACAAAAAUGUUGAGUUUGUUGCAGCGCAGGAGGCUUGGGACCCGAUCCCGCUACUGUCAGAGCCAGACGAGUCAGUUCCUGAGAGCGGAACCGAUUUCGUGCAGGGCAUCAGAACCGUCGCAGGGCAAGGAGACCCAACCCUCCGCGAGGGCAUCGCCAUUCAUGUCUACGCAGCGAACAUCUCGAUGGCCAAACGUGCGUUCUGCAACAACGAUGGGGAUUUUUUAAUUUUGCCUCAGCAUGGACGGCUGAAUAUCCAAACUGAGCUAGGGUGGCUCAUGGUCCGCCCGGGAGAGCUCGUUGUUAUCCAAGCGGGCUUGCGAUUUCGCGUACUGCUUCCAGAUGGGCCUGUCCGAGGUUACAUUCAAGAAAUAUUUGGCACCCAUUACGACCUUCCGGAUCUUGGCCCGGUUGGCUCCAACGGCAUGGCCCUGCCUCGGGAUUUUGAGUCGCCGGUUGCGAGCUUCGAUAUCGACACCGAAAAGUCGACCUGGGAAAUCAUCUACAAGCUAGCCGGAAGCCUCCACCGAUGCUCGCAGCACUAUACGCCGUUCGAUGUUGUCGCCUGGCAUGGGAACUUGGUGCCUUACAAGUACGCAAUUGAAAAAUUUAUUAAUCUCGCCAAUGUAGAGAAGGACCAAGCAGAUCCGACCAUCUACUGUGUUUUGACAGCCAAGUCUAAAACACCAGGUGUGUCGCUGACAGACUUCCUUGUCUUUACUCCAAAAUGGAUUACGACGAAAGACACAUUCCGGCCCCCUUACUAUCAUCGAAACAUGAGUACAGAAAUCAUGGGCCUGAUCUACGGGAAGUAUAACGGCAGCAGCCAUGUUCUAGAGCCGGGGGGCCUCAGUUACGAGGCAAGUUACAUGCCCCAUGGCGAAACUUACGAGACAUGGAAGGACGCGACAAGCCGCGAGUUGAAGCCGGAGCGCGUGUGCGAGGAUACAAUUGCGUUCAUGUUCCACAUUAGCGUACCGAUGUUUGUCACGAAAUGGGCGCUCCGGGGAGAGGGGGCAAAGUCGUUGCAUCCCAGCUCACCAACGCAGUGGGACAAUGCCAAAGCGCCUUUCCUCGAUCACCUUGACGAAGUGAACCUGGACUUGGAAGCAGCGGGACUGCCCUUGUUGGGGGAUGCAAGCCUAGAGAAGUGA